AGUAGUGUAUUUGCAUAGUAGCCCCUUCCCCUGGUCUUAGCGCGAACCUCGGGUAUUCCGAUUUUGGCGUCUCUAGCAUUUGUCUGGACCAGUGGUUACACCCUAAUUGACAGCACCCUAAAGCUGUUAUAGCAAUUUGAAUCUGACUGGGUGCGGUAAUUCAUAGCUACGCCGUAGCGCCACCUCUUUACGGCGGGGUGGAUUGUAGAUUAGCGAAGGCCGGGGCUCUCAUCGGGAGAGGCUAUUUCGGGGAGGCCGUUGCGAGGGGGAAAGACGUGCGCGGCGGGGGAGGAAGCGAGCUGUGCGAGGGCGGCGCGCGAUGGGCAACGAGCACUCGCUGCUGACGCAGUACGACAUCGAGGACGUGCAGCAGCACGUGGGCGGCCGAUUCUCCCAGGACGAGAUAGCGGCGCUGUACCGCCGGUUCUGCGCGCUGGACCGCAACGGCAAGGGGUACGUCAGCGGCGACGAGUUCCUCUCCAUCCCCGAAUUCGCCAUCAACCCCCUCGCCAACCGCCUGCUGGGCAUGCUAGAAGGAGUGAACUUUAAGGACUUCGUGAAGUGGCUGGCUGCCUUCAGCUCGCGGGCCAACGCUGAGGACCGCACCCGAUUGGUGUUUGCAGUGUACGACGUGGACGGCGAUGGCAAGAUCUCGAGAUCCGAUCUCCUCACCAUGCUCAAGGAUCUCUCAGGGGGCUUCCUCUCCGACGACCAAAGAGAGGAGGUGGUGGUGCAGGCCAUGCAGCAGGCGGGCUUCACCAGCGACUCGCUCCUCUCCUUCGCCGACGUCUUCAAGGUUGUUGGCAAGCAAUUGAGAUUGCAGCUCGACAUUCCUGUAGAUGAAUAACUACAUGGCACAUACUAUAUAGUUAAACACAAAGAUCAGCACUGUUUUGCUGUUAGCUAUCCUGAAAUAGCCGUAGUCACUCACUUUUGUAUGCAGGUUACCCCUAUCAACCCAUUUUGUGAACAUACAGGUAGCGUUCAUAUUCA